CUGAUCGAGAUGUUAAUCUCUACUAUAUGUAUCUCGAGCACUUUAAUCUACAACGUACAGUAUACAAAUAUUUUGUAAAAUGAUCCCACGUUUUAUAUGUUAAAUCUAAAUCUGAAACUGGCAGGAAAUAUUCUUGAGUAACUAUAUACACACACAGUUAUCACGUUAUUAUUAUACAGUUGAAUCUACACCAUUUUACCACACUUUAAACACAAACUGAACAUUAUAAUCUUCAUGAGAGAGGAUUUAUUGCAGGGCUGUUGGAUUACACUGAAUUAGUUUUAGCUUCCUAAUAAACUGACAGCUGGGGUAUAUAAACAGAAUUAGUCUGUUUUAAUUGCUCGUCUAUUAAGGCUUUUAUUUUGACUGAUGUCACCGGAAGUGUUGAAUGUGGCCCCCAAAGCAAAUUUUAGGUGAUCGACGCGCAUGCGCACCCCCAUAACCCACAUAAAACAAUCCUAGGUGGGCAUCUUGCGCUGUGCAAAAUAUCAUCGACUGUUUGACGGUAAGGUAACUGAUCGGUUCAUCGCUAUGGCAUCCAGCGGAUAUUUGCAGGCAGCGGUGCUCCUUCUGGCGGUCCAGCUCCUGUGUCUCGGUGCAGCUGAUGCGGAUCAGGAGCCUGGGACUGUCAUCCCUGCCGAAAGUCGCCCCUGUGUGGACUGUCAUGCUUUUGAGUUUAUGCAGAGGGCGCUGCAAGAUCUAAAGAAGACAGCUUUCAACCUUGAUGCCAGGACAGAGAUGCUGGUGCUGAGGGCAGAGAGGAGGGCUCUGUGCGACUGUAUGCCUACCAACUCACUGCGCUGAGAUCUGCACCUCACCGCCGCCGAGUGCACCCGAGGACACGUCCACCUGUCUCCAUCACACCCCGACACACUGACAACAACCCCCCCGCUCCACUCUCCUCAUGUACAGCGAUUCUCAUCUUAACUUAUUCACACAACUGGCACUUUAUUUUCUUUUCUGUCACAUCACUGUUGAGUGAGGCUUUAAUUUCACGUCGCGUUGUCGUUUUGCCUUAUUCAGGACGACUUUUAUACCACUGACGUUUUACAUUGUGAAAACACGUGUUAGUUUGUUUUCAUUCGGGUCGGCUCUCAUCUGUCUCCUAUGAAACAUAAACUAUUUUUUGUACUUUUUAGUAUUUGACUGUAUGAUGUAGAUACAGUAGAAUGCAUUGGUAAAUUUACUUGUUGAAUGUGUUGUUUGAGAUUAAUGUUUACGAUGAUUAUACACAUCAAACUGUAGCAUCACGUGGAAUUUAUUUAACAGCGCAAAAUAUUUCAAUAACUGUUUUAAUUAGCUAAUUAAAAUGACCUUUAGGAAUCAGAGAAAUUAUUUUAAUUUCACUUAAUUUCACAUUAGAAUGAACUGAUUUCCAGCCUUGCUUCUUUUGCAAAAAAAGGCAGGUGACUUAUUAAAAACUGUUAUUUUUAUUUGUGUUAACCAUUAUUAAUUUUGUUGUCAGCAGAAAGAAAUGUGAAAUUUUACAAACAAUAUUUUCUUUAGCCUUUUUUUUUCCUUUUGGGCAGAAAACACGUUCUUGUAGGUCUUGAUUUAGCACAGCACUGUAGCAUGAAUUUACAGCACUUUUUGUCCUACUGUUAAUAUAGAUUGUAUGUAUAGAUUAUGUAAAUGUACAUGGGUACAUGUAACAGAGGUGUCUACAGACUUUGUCUUCUCUGUCUGACAAAGUAGUAGUGACGAACUAAUAGAGUAUCAGAUGAACUGUAAUAUCAGCAGGAGGAGGGAGGAUGAACAGGGGAAUGCCGGCUGCAGCAGGGGACAUAGAGAUAGAAAUAAUAAUCGUCUUAUUGUUGCUUGUUCAUGAACAUUGUUCUUUGUUGACAUUAUGUCACAGAAAAACUCAUCUAUUGUCUUAAUGUUGUACCUAUCAAUAAAAACAAUGAAUGAUCUUGACUCUGA